AUGCUGUUCUAUCAGAUUGCGCCCUUUGCCCUUUGGGUAGGUAGAGGUGCGGCGAGUGGUCAUCAGCUCUUCCACGACAAAUUCCAGUUAGAUGAGCUGCCUAACAUGGUAUCACUGGCCGAUGCCAAACUGAAAGACAUUGUGCUGCCCGACUCCCUCUCUGACUUUACAGAGUGGAUCGGAGGAAUCGCAGAGCCACAAGCCUUUGGCUUACAACCCAGGCAACAACAAUGUGCCGACGCAGGUUACUCGGUCUCGGAUGCUGUCCUGAAGGCAGCACCUGUAUCUCAAGCGGUUGCUGUCGCGGCAACGCCCAAGAAUGCGGCUCAGGCCGGUGUUAUAUUCCAUCAUCGCAAACUUGCUGCAGUAGUGGCACUGUUUGUCUCAAAAGCCAGACUUGUGUCAGUGGCGGCUGCUGCAGCAGAGGCGAGGCGAAAUGUGGCUCCUCUGGGUGUUAUAACCCUGACACCUCAGUAUGCUGCGGCGGCAUCGGCAGGAAUUGCCCCAAGGGUUAUGACUGCAUGCCCGGUGGUGGAUGUUGCCCUUCAGGCCAGAAGCGCUGCGGAAACAGCAAGUGCUAUAAUCCCAAAACGACGACUUGCUGCACCGGCCCUGGAACUGUGUGGCCAUGCCCAAAGUCUAGUGACUGCUGUUCAACUGGCUUCUGCGCCAAUCCCUCGACUCAAAGGUGUUCCCUGUCCUGCUGCCACUUCGACGAUCAAGUCCACCGACACAGUUACAACGACUAAGAUGAAGACUGUGCGAGUUACGACUGAUAUAGAGCCCGACACGGGCAACGCUCCUGAGUUUACAUGCGUUCCCAUGACAGCUACAAACGACGAAGGCGCGACACUUGAACUCGAUGAGGGAUGCACUCUGCACUACGAACCCCCCGAAGCUACCACCACAGAUGAUAGCGCUGCUCGUCUUCGUCGCGAUGCCGCAACAGCACCCGCCCAAGUCCAUAAGCCAUUGGCCAGACAACUAUCCUGCACACCUUAUACCAUUUAUACAACAACCGAAUGGGAGACCGAGACCGAGACUGAAACUGGCACAAAGACUGUCACGGUGCAAGGCGAAGAUGGAACUUUCUCUUGUCCUGAGAUGGAGGUUACUAACGAUGUCGGCGAUACUCUUGCUCUUGAUGCUGAGUGCGUUUUGUCAUUUACGCCGGCUGAGACAACGAGUUCUGAGGAGGGAGCUUCGGCACAGGAUCAGCCGACGAAUGUACCGGCUGGGACUGGGGAGAGUACUACUAGCGUGACAGCUACUGCAGGAAGUGGAGGCUCGAAUGGUAACAGUGGUUCUAUUGAAAGAGCUUCUUUGUUCCUGGUGUUGAGCUUUACUGGAAUUGCGAUGUUGAUGAUGAAUGUCUAG